AAAAAAUCCCCAAGAAAAAGUUUUAAAUGUUGGGGUCCUUGAGUGGGGGAGUCUUGAAAAAUGGCAGGGUAGCCAUAAACAGAUUUCACAUAGUAGUAUUUCUUCACUUUCCAGCAGCAGCACAUCAUCAUUAUCAGCAGAUGAAUCAUCAGCACAUUUGAGCACAAGUCACAGUUUCUCUUCUGCUCGUCAAAGGUUACGGCAUCCUUCACCGCAAUCUCAUCUGACUCCCAUUCCCAUAAAAGGGCAUUUGCCUUCUGUCAAACCCCUUAGGGAAAGAAUUAGAAAGUUUCAAGAUCUCAAGACUACCCGAAGAAGCACCUUCGUUGUUGAAGAAAAAUUCAUAAGAGAAGAUAAAUACUUUUGCCAAAAUAAUCCACAAAUCAAUCCAGAACAGUUCAAGAGAAGAGAAAUGCUCCCAAAGACUGAUUCAGAAAGUGGAACCUUGCCUAGUGGGGUAAAAGAUAGCUUGGCAUCAUUUAAGCAGGUGAAAAUGAAGAACCGGCGUGGGGAAAUUAUGAAAAAAGCUGAGAUGUUUCAAGAAGUUGUUCCAAAAGGGGCUAACCAAGACGUCACUGAAAAAAGAAACACGGUUGUCCUUUUGCCAAGAGAUUUGCCCAAAACAAAUCAUUCAGGAGCAACUAACCUUUCUGGAUUAACAACUAAGUCUAGCAAAAAGGAAACAGAACCUAAGCAGCAGAGAACCUUCACGGAAACAUUUAAAGAGGCUCACCGUGCAGAGCUUAGUUCUAGUUUCUAUCAUUCAGGCCCAUUGCCCAGUGAACUUGACAGCAGCAAGGGUUUGUUAGUUGCAAAUAAUAAUGGCCUUACAUCAGGGAGAUCUCAAUCCGUACCUCGUGCAGAAAAGGUAGAAGUUAGUUCUUCCAGAAGCAGAAACCUAGAGGAGAAAAAGUUAAAUGCAACAAAAGUAGCUUCUGCUGGAAAUGAGGCUUGCAAAGGAUUGGACCCAACAUUACACAAGGUUACAUCUGAAAACGUUCGAAGCACUUUUCCUUUCCGACAUCUUAGCUUCAGCAUCGGUAAGACAGGCAAAAGUUCCAGCCUCAAAGAGGAUUCUUCUAUACCUCAGAUGAGCUCGACAUGUAGUUAUGCCAAAACCAAGCCAGAGAAUCUUGUCGCUUCUGGUGUUGACACUUCUUGUGGUGAUACACUCAAUGCUAAAAGCAGAGCCAGGUCCAGCCCUUUGAGAAGAUUAUUAGACCCUCUUCUGAAACCAAAGGCAGUUAACUGUCGCAGUUUUACCAAUCAACUACAGGACUCAAUCAUAAGAGAAGGUGCCUGUAAGUCAUCAGAACAAACAGGACACUCAUCCGUGACUGUGCAGUCAGUGAAAGCAAAAUCAAAUACAAUCAGUCAUUGCACAAUCAAUGUAAAUGUUCCAGCACCAAACAGAAAAAAUGGAUCUUCAGCAGCUCAAGCUCUUCUCAGAGUUCAAGUUACGAAUGGGUUGCCUCUAUUAACAUUUGCUGUUGAUAAUGAGAGUAAUAUGCAUGCAGCUACAAUAAAGAUGUUAAGUUCCAAAGGUAAGGGUGGUUAUGAAUCCAUUUACACAUUUUUUGCCGUUCAAGAAGUCAGGAAAAAGAAUGGUACGUGGAUAAAUCAAGGAGCCAAAGGAAAAGGUCAGGAUUAUGCCCCUAAAGUUGUUGCCCAGAUGAAGGUUUCUGGUUCUGAACUUUCUCAUUUGCCCAGGCGAAACUAUGUGGAUCAAUUUAGCACUAGGGAAUUUGUUCUACUUACCUUUGAUGUAAAACAGACAAAUUCACAAGCAUCUGUUGUCCAGCCAAAUGAUGAGCAGUCGGCUAUUGUUGUUAAGAUCCCAAAAAGUAACAACAGAAACUCAAUCAGAGAUGGGUAUUUGAUUGAUAAGCGUCACAGCAUGCCUGAUGCCACUUUGAAAACAUGUCUGCCGGAGGUAGGGCUUGAACUCAAUUCGGGGAAAAGGGGUUCUUUUGUGGGUGUUCGAGACAUUACUGCUACAGUCAUACUUCCAAGUGGUGUACAUAGCUUGCCAAAUAAAGGUGAACCUUCUUCAUUGAUCCAACGAUGGAAAUCAGGUGGAGCAUGCGAUUGUGGUGGUUGGGAUAUGGGUUGCAAACUUAGGAUUCUGUCUAAUAAGAGCCAAUACAACCAGCAACCUAGUUCGUUGAAGGGUUCUACGUCUAAUCAAUUUGAACUCUUCUUUCAGGGAGGAGCACAUGACAAGAAGCCGUUCUUCAGCUUGGCCCCUUUCAGUGAUGGUAUCUAUUCAGUCGAGUUCAAUUCAUCACUUUCUCUUAUGCAAGCGUUUUCAAUUUGUAUUGCUGUUUGGGACAGUGGACAUCACUGUGAGCUUUCGGAAUCAGUUCGUUCUAAUAAAGAAAGAACUUUAGGGAAAACCAUGGUAAAUGACAGAACAAAUGAACCUAAUCCAAUUGAAGCAGGUCCCCCUGCUAGGUAUGUCUCAUAUCCUCCUGUUUCCCCGGUCGGAAGGGUCUAGAAGAAUCCCACACAACGGAUGAUCAUGUAAUUAAGUGUAAAGGUAUAAUUAUAGAUCAUAUGUAUUUCUGCUUGUUGGUUAGGCAAUGGUCAGUGAAAUAUCCAUCACCAGUGAAAAAUUAGUGAACAAGGCUAGUUUGUAAAAGCCAGGGACAGGUUCCCCUAGAGCUUCGGGUCGUCGUAUUUUGGUUAACUUUCGACAGAAGAAGCGAUGCCUGAUGUAGUAUGAGCAAAAUUUUCCAUCAGUGUAAGCGUGUAUAUGAUCAAGGGAUUAUGAUUUUGCUAU